AUGCGGGUUGUCCUCCAGCGAGUCACUCGAGCAGCAGUUACCGUUAGUGAUGAAGUCGUAGGCUCCAUCGGCAAAGGACUCUGUGUGCUCGUUGGAAUCCAUCGAGAGGAUACAGAAGAAGACAUGAAGUACAUAAUAAGAAAAAUUCUGAAUCUUCGAAUAUUCCCAGCUUCUGAACAGAAGCCAUGGGAUAAAUCAGUGAUGGAUCUCGAUUUAGAAGUGUUGUCUGUCAGUCAGUUCACACUUUAUGGACAGUUUAAGGGCAACAAACUCGAUUUCCAUACGGCGAUGGCUCCGACAGAAGCGUCAAAAUUCUACGAGACUUUCUUGGAAUCUAUGAAGAAAGCUUACAAGCCGGAAAAAAUUCAAGACGGAAAGUUCGCAGCGAUGAUGAGUGUGGAUAUCAUGUCAUUCGAAAGACUUCAGAGAGAUUUGCAUGAGGCCAUCGAAGGCGUCAACCGGUACAACCCGGAAAAUGUGUCCGAUCUGGCUGCCUGUGUGCAAGCUAUGGUUGCCGAGAACAAGUACGACAAAGACAUUGUUCUCACAAUUCUCAAGCUUUACCAGCUCAAUCCGGAAAAGUACGAUGAGGCUGUCGUUCGGCAAGUUCUCCUCAAGACAUUGAUGGUGUUGCCAUCAAGUGACUUUGCUCUCGCUAAAUGUCUCAUUGACACCAACAGACUCGGAUCUCAAGAGCUCCGCCGCAUCUUCGACUUGGGAGCAGUGCUCGAAUCCUGCAACUUUGCCGUCUUUUGGAAGUUGAUGAAGGGAACUUACAAGCCGUCAACGAACACAACUGAGCCAUUCAAAGUUCCAUCAGAGAUCCCAAAAAUGGUCAAACAUUUGGUUGGAUUCGAGGAUUCUAUCAAGCAUUAUGCCUGUCGCGUCAUCAGUGUGACAUUCCAAAACAUUGAGAAAAAACUUCUGAGCCGUCUUCUUGGUGGAGCCAGCGACAAAGAAGUGACCGCUCUGGCAAAGAAGUUCGGAUGGGAAGCCAAGGAAAAUGGUGAUGUGUUCUUCGUCGCCAACCACGAAGGAACCAUCAAAACACGAAAUAUCGAUGAGAAAAUUCAGUUCUCCCAUGUCGCCGAUCUUCUGACCAGCAUUCAACCACCAUUGACCCACUGA